AUCAUCUAGCGAAAUGGUUGCAGCCACAUGAACCAAAGUCCAAAGAUCGUUGUCCCAGACUGGCGCCCUUCAUCCCGUUCAUCGCCUUAGACCCCUGACUUACACCUAACCCUCCUUCUGUUCUCGACUCGCUCGUCGAAGGUAUCCCAGGACCAACGGGACGGCAAUGGCGAACAUGCUGAUGCAGCUCCCGGUGUGGUGGUGGUGGUGGGAGAUUGGCGCCCUCUGUAUCAGCACCAUCUGCUGCGGCCUCCUGAUUCUCUUUUUGGCCAAUAUUGACGGCAUGGCGGUCUCCCUGUGGUCGCUCUGGAUCCAGCCGAGCACCGCCAUCGCCAUCCUCGCGGCCUUCACCAAGACGUCAAUGAUGGUUCCCGUGGUGUCCUGCAUCAGCCAGCUCAAGUGGCGACACUUCCGAACGAGACACCGUCCCCUCAGCCACUUGGACUUGGUCGACGAUGCAAGCCGCGGGCCCUGGGGCGCGCUCGUCGUCCUGUUCCAGCUCCCGCGGUUCAGCCUUGUUAUCUCCAUGCUGGCGCUGGUCACCAUCAUCAACCUCGGCGUCGAGCCAAGCGCACAGCAACUGCUCGACAUUUCAGCCCGCAACUCGACGCUCAGCAACGCGUCAGCUGAGGUGGGGAUUGCUACCGAGUUCAACAUAAGUGAUCUCGGGACAAGCGGAGCCGGAUUAACCCCCCCAAGCAGUUCCCUCUUCAAAUUCUACUCUACACUGAUGAGCGGCUUCAAUGCGCCUCCAGCGCCAAAUUUCAAUUGCUCGGGGGAAUCAUGCUCCUGGCCGACCUUCACAACGCUUGGGGUUUGCAGCAAGUUCAAGAACGUCACGAAUGAAGUCAACUCCACCUGCACGCCCCCGAGCAACCCCGAAGGCGACAGAAUAUGGCGUACGGACUGCAACCUCACCUUCCCUUCACAGGAUUCCACUUUGCCCUACACCAUGUCCACCAGCUUCUCGAACGGAUCCAUGGGUGUGGGCGUGCGAAUAUAUAGCCCAGAAGGAUAUCUGACCACACGGGCAUAUGGCCGGGGCAUAGGUGGUGGCAUAAGGUCUAGCCUCAACACGACGGUCAAGAUCGUUGUCGCCGGCGACAAGACGGGCAUGGGCGAGCUACCGCCGCGGACCCAAGCCUACGACAUCGCGCUCUAUUUGUGCGCGCAGAAAAUCACCGGGCUCACGGCGAUUCCCCGACAACUCGAGCCUGGGACCGUCGAGUCGGCGCCCCUGGCCAAGCUUGGGGAGCCCGACCCGACCGGCCAGGACCACUACCCUUACGCAAAAUACGUCACCUAUAGUUCACCAUUGACCGGCCACCAGCAAUACGUCAUCCACACCGGAAGCGAGAACCAGCUCUUCGUCGAACUUCUCCCAGACUGGCUGAACGGCAGCUCAGCAUCCAUCAGGGAUAACGGCUUUCCCAAUUUUAGCCCGAACGCGGUCCUCGGCGACUACCUCUACCACGCAGACCUGGAAACCUCCUUCAGCAACCUCGCGGCGAGCCUCAGCGCGCUGGUCCGCAGCGGCAACCGACCCGAAGGCAACGCCAACGCCACCGUCAUGCACGGCGACGUCUUCUUCACCGAGCCCAUCUUCCACGUGCGGUGGCCCUGGCUCGCCGUCAUCCUGCUGGAACUGGCCCUGGCAGGCGGGCUGCUGUACGCGACGGUCGUCCGGUCCGCCCGGGACCCCUUGCUCAAGACGUCGGCCGUCGCCUUCCUCCUCCACGGGCUCCGCGGGUGGGACGCGGUGGAGAUGCCGGAGAAGGGGUCCCGGGAGACGCUGAGCCAGCUGGCCGAGCGGAUGGUCGGGAGGCUGGAGCACACCGAGGACGAGGGCUGGAGGUUUGUCAAGCUCGAGGAUGAACUGGACCCUUUUCAAGUUCAGGCGCCUUGUUUGGCGGGUCGCGAAUGAUGUGGAGGGUAAUGUACCUAGAUUACCUAGGUAGGUACCUCAGGUAAAGGGAACCGAGAUAAGAAGUACAGAAC